GCGUCAUUUCACACAUAUUUAACUUCCUGUUUUAAAUAAAACUUCAGCCAUCUUGAUGUUUGUUACAAUGGCAGUAGAUCGUCUGCUUGUGUCCUUCAUUCUUCUCCUCAUCUGUAACACAGGGUUUAGUGCUGAGAUCUCUGUGUUUGUGCAGACGGGAGAUUCUGUUCAACUGGAUAUACAGACACAGAAACUACCAGAGUUUGAUCUUUUAUCCUGGAGAAAUGAUAAAUCAGAGAUUAUAGUUAGAUAUAUAAUUGAAUCUAAAACAGUCAAACUUCUCCCUUCCUACAAGGACAGAGUGGAUUUCAAUAAUGAAACUUUCUCUCUCACACUGAAGAACACACAGAAGACAGACAGUGGACUCUAUACAGCAAAGACAAGUGGAGAAUCAGAGAACAAUAUUGUUACAUACAGAGUAUCUGUUAUAGACGCUGUGGAGGCUCCUGUUCUGACUGUAAACUCACACUCCAGCAGUGACUCCUGUACUGUGAACUUUACAUGCAGAGCUCAUGACCUCAUGAUGAACUCUAGCUAUCAGAACAACAGAUGCUCUGCACAGGAAGUGACAUCACAAAUCAACACUCUAAUCCUGCACUGCAGUGAGGAAUCCAUCAUCUGUAACCAUAGCAACCCAGUUAGCUGGAAAAAAGACAUAGUAAACAUCAAACAGCUCUGUGGAGGUAAAGACACGCGUGUGCGUGUGUGUACUCGUCUACCUAUUUAAGUGGGGACCUUGGUG